GCGGGUCUUCCGGCUGCUGUUGGCGUCAGAGCCGCGGAUUAGUCCGCAGCGACCCUACGUCACUUCCCUUCCAGGCAGCGCGGCCUCUCAUUGGUGUGAUGGUGUUGAGGCGGUGGAUUGCCGGUGGAGUGUGUCGCUGCUCUGCUCGUCUGGAUGGGAAGACGGUUCUGAUCACCGGAGCCAACACCGGCAUCGGCAAAGAGACCAGCAGAGACCUGGCCCGCCGAGGGGCCCGGGUGGUGAUGGCGUGCAGGGACCUGAGCCGGGCCGAGCAGGCGGCCGAGGAGAUCCGGCUGUCGACCGGAAACGGGAACGUGGUCAUCAGACAUCUGGACCUCGGCUCCGUCUACUCCGUCAGGCAGUUCGCUAAAGACUUCACGGACGGAGAGGACCGGCUGGACGUCCUCAUCAACAAUGCAGGAGUGAUGAUGUGUCCAAGAUGGCUGACGGAGGACGGUUUUGAGACUCAGCUGGCUGUCAAUCAUCUGGGUCACUUCCUGCUGACCAAUCUGCUGCUGCCGAAGCUGAAGUCCUCUGCCCCCAGCCGCGUGGUGACCGUGUCGUCCAUCGCCCACCAAGGGGGUCGCAUUGACUUUGACGACUUGUUCUCCAGCAAAAAGACGUACAGUUCUCUGGAGAGCUACAGACAGAGCAAGCUGGCCAACGUCCUGUUCUCCAGAGAGCUGGGCCGGAGACUCAGAGGCUCCGGCGUGUCGGCGUUCUGUCUCCACCCGGGGGUGAUCCGGACCGAACUGGGUCGCCAUGUUGAGGGCUGGUUCCCCCUGCUGGGCGCCCUGCUGAGACUCCCCUCCCUGCUGCUCAUGAAGACCCCCAGCGAGGGCAGUCAGACCACCUUGUACUGCGCCCUUACACCUGGUCUGGACGGCCAAUCAGGGCGAUACUUUAGUGACUGUGCAGAGAAGGAGGCGGCUCCAGAGGGGCGGGACGACUUCGUGUCCAGGAAGCUGUGGGAGGAGAGCGCCCGAUUGGUCGGAUUAAAGGACACGUGCUGACUUUUGACCUUUGGUCCUGUUGCUCCCUCGAGGUGGUGAACCACUCACUGUGAUUGACAGGUGACGGGAGCCAAUCUGAUGCAAGGGUGGGAGAAACAAUAAUGUGAUGAAUAAUAAUCAGCAAUUUAUAAUGUAUUGAUUAUUUAAUUUAAUUUGCUGUUUUAUUAUUAUCACUUUUCAAAUCACGAUUAAAUUAUUAGGAGAUUAAAAAGAAAAAACUAAAGACGUUGUUUUAAGAAAGGUUUAAAUAAAAGGUUUAAAUUAAAGUAAAUUAAAGUUGUUUCCAUCAGAGCAAAGCUCAUAUCAAGAUGUUCCCUAGUAACCUCCAUGUUCCCUUCAUGCUCCCUUUAUGUUCCCUAGUAACCUCCAUGUUCCCUUUAUGUUCCCUAGUUCCCUUCAUCUUCCCUUUAUGUUCGCUAGUUCCCUUCAUGUUCCCUUUAUGUUCCCUAGUUCCCUUCAUGUUCCCUUUAUGUUCGCUAGUUCCCUUCAUGUUCCCUUUAUGUUCCCUAGUUCCCUUCAUGUUCCCUUCAUGCUCCCUUUAUGUUCCCUAGUUCCCUUCAUCUUCCCUUUAUGUUCGCUAGUUCCCUUCAUGUUCCCUUUAUGUUCCCUAGUUCCCUUCAUGUUCCCUUUAUGUUCGCUAGUUCCCUUCAUGUUCCCUUUAUGUUCCCUAGUUCC